AUGGCCAACCCACGCAUCGAAGAAAUCCCCGACGAGCCCGAGAAGAAGAACGCUCAGAUCGAGGAGGAUGAGUCCAGCGACGAGUCCGAGGCUGAGGAGGGUGAGGUCAACGUGCCUGCGGGCUCCUCCGUCGCCGUCCACUCUCGCAACGAGAAGAAGGCUCGCAAGGCCAUUGCCAAGCUCGGUCUGAAGCACAUCGAAGGCAUCACCCGUGUCACCCUGCGCCGACCGAAGAACAUCCUCUUCGUCAUCAACCAGCCUGACGUCUACAAGUCUCCCUCGAGCAACACCUGGAUCAUCUUCGGUGAGGCCAAGAUUGAGGACUUGAACUCCCAGGCCCAGGCUUCCGCCGCCCAGCAGCUCGCUCAAGCCGAGGCUCAGUCCCACGACCACGCUGGCCACGACCACGACCACGACCACGGCAAGGGCAAGGCUGUCGAGGACAAGAAGGAGGAGGAAGAGGAGGAGGAUGACGACGAGGAGAUCGACGACUCUGGCCUCGAGGGCAAGGACAUCGAGCUCGUCAUGCAGCAAGCCAGCGUCUCCCGAAAGAAGGCCGUCAAGGCUCUCAAGGAGAACGAUAACGACAUCGUAAACUCCAUCAUGGCGCUGAGCAUAUAG